UACCUCAUAGUCCUUCAUCAUGAGGAAGCAUUUCUUCAAUGAUCCUGAAGCCGGCUUCUUUAAGAAAACAAAAAGGAAGGUGACGCCAAAAAACCCUGUGACAGACCCCAGCAUGCUGACGGACCUGAUGAAGGGGAACCUGACCAACGUUCUGCCAAUGAUCCUGAUCGGUGGCUGGAUCAAUUGGGCCUUCUCGGGAUUUGUCACCACUAAGGUCCCAUUCCCAUUGACUCUCCGCUUCAAACCCAUGUUACAGCGGGGGAUUGAGCUGGUCUCACUCGAUGCAUCCUGGGUCAGCUCCGCCUCCUGGUACUUCCUGAAUGUUUUCGGACUGCGUCGUUUGUACUCCUUAAUCCUGGGCCAGGAUAACGCAGCCGACCACUCCCGAACCCUGGAGGACCAGCUCACAGGGGCUGCCCUGUCCAUGGCGCCGGACACCAACAAGGCUUUCAAGGCAGAGUGGGAGGCUCUGGAGGUGGUAGACCACCGGUGGGCCCUGGAGAGCGUGGAAGAGGAGCUGAUGGGGAACGACCUGAAUUUGGCGCAGUUUUACAGCAAGGGGUAGCACCAGGCGAUGUUCCGAGUCUCCGCGGGGACCCAGGCUCCGAUCUCCACUGCCAUCCCUGUGAUUAUUUGCCAAUCUGUAAAUUAAUUCGAGCUAGGGUUUAAAAUGAAUAAACAUCAAAGUACAAUA